AUGCCUGAUUUAUUUAUUUGUUUUCUUCAUUUGUUCGCUUCCCAGUUUAACAAUGACACUCGCCUGAAGCCUCUGUAUCUGGAGGAGGACUGGUGCAUCCGUCGUAGUGAACGAAUAUUUCUCAGUGAUUCCAGUCCACAACCGUCACCAAAUAGUAUCCGAGGACCAGCCCAAAAUACUAGUCAGCAAGGUUCUUUGGCAACUUCAGGAACAAGUGUGAACAACACCCUGACCAAGACAAGCACCCGAAUCAGUCGUUCGAACAGUGGCGCUAACCCAAACAAUAUAACAAGCAGUGGGUCUGCAACGCCAACUGCACUUGGGUCUUCAAUAACUGCCUCAACUACUGGCACUCUCUCAGCUCCUGAUUCACAAAAACCAAGCCGCACGCGAAAAGUGGUCCAAAAGAGUAAGGAGAAAGAAACAAAGGCUUCCAGAAAGACCGUCUCCCCACAGAGGGCUCAUACGGUAGUUACCACCACCACCACAACCACCAACACAAUGUCCUCUUCAGCUUCUACCUCUAAUGUCACUGAGAUUUCAUCAUUGGCCUAUCAUUCUUGUCACUCAAAUUCUACAACUUCACUCCAGCCUUUCUUUCUUUCUUUGUUUCUUUCUUUUUUCCUUCUUUCAUUCUUUCCUUAUUUUUUUCCUUUUCUUUCUUUCUUUGUUUCUUUUCCUUUUCCUUCUUUCAUUCCUUUCUUUUCUUUUUUAUUUUUUGAUUCUUUCCUUCUUUCUUUCCUUUCACUUUGUUUUUCUUGCUUACUUUCCUUCUUUCCUUCCUUCUUUCUUCUUUUCCUUUUUCUUUCCUUUUUUUUCCUUUCUUUCUUUUUUUUCUUGCUCCUUUCCUUCUUUUUUUUUUUCUUUCUUUUUUCUUUCCUUCUCUUUCUUUGUUUCCUUCUUUCUUUCUUUCCUCUUUUUUUUCUUUCCUUCUUUUCUUCCUUCCUUUUCCUUCCUUCCUUCCUUUCUUUCCUUUCCUUCUUUUUUUAUUUUCUUUCUUUCUUUCUUUCUUUUUUCCUUUCUUUCUUUCUUUCUUUCUUUCUUUCUUUCCUUCCUUCUUUCUUUCCUUCCUUUCUUCCUUCCUUUUUCCUUCCUUCCUUCCUUUCUUUCUUUCCUUCUUGCUCCCUUUCCUUCUUUUUAUUUUCUUUGAUUCUUUCCUUCUUUCUUUGUUUCCUUCUUGCUUGCUUUCCUCUUUUUCUUUUUUUCAUUCUUCUCUCUUUCUUUCCUUCUCUCUUUCUUUCCUUCUCUCUUUCUUUCUUUCUUUCUUUCCUUCUCUCUUUCUUUCUUUCUUUCCUUCCUUCCUUCUUUCUUUUCUUUCUUUCUUUCUUUCUUUCUUGCUCCCUUUCCUUCUUUUUAUUUUCUUUGAUUCUUUCCUUCUUUCUUUCCUUCUCUCUUUGUUUCAUUCUUGCUUGCUUUCCUCUUUUUUCUUUCCUUCCUUCCUUCCUUCCUUCCUUCCUUCCUUCCUUCCUUCCUUCCUUCCUUCCUUCUUUUUUACCUGCUUUCUUUCUUUCUUUUUUCUUUCUUUCUUUCUUUUCAUUUCCUGAUUUUUUUUUUUACUUUUCCCUUCCUUCUUGCCAACAGGGAUACCUUCCUUUCAACCCAAAAGAAUGUUUUUUUUCAAAAUCUUUGUUUCAUUUCCAGAGACCUUCGUCCCAAAAUGAAUUCAGUGAGAAUGAGGGUGAAGGCAGUGAUUUCAGCAGCAGUGAUGGAGAUAAUAUUCCACUCAGUGUUCUUCGAGAAAAAGCACCAACACCUGAGCCCCGUUGUUGUACUAUUGAAAAAGAGGACCUCCGCGAUGGACUGAGAGUGUUACUUUUCAGAGACGGAUUGUUUUAUGAGGGAGAAGUGAAAGCCAUUAGACCACCAGAUGUUUAUGGUGUUGUUAUUGAUAAUGAACGAGGACACCGACCUCAUAUUUAUUCCCAGGAAGAGAUUCUCAAAGACGCUGUACUUGAUGUGACCCCCGGUUCCCAAAAAUACCUUUCUGAAGGCACUCGAAUGUGUGCCUAUUGGAGCCAACAGUACAGUUGCCUUUAUCCAGGAACCAUUUCCAAAUCGAGUCCUGACCCUCAUGCUGACAAAAAUUCUGUAAGUGUGGAGUUUGACGAUGGCGACACGGGGCGAAUUCCCAUUGAUCAUAUUCGAAUGCUCCCACAAGACUUCCCCAUUGCAUCCUAUGACCAAAAUCCAAUUCUUCUCAUGGGCAAAAGACGAAGAAGGACUACAUCUGAAGAGGUAGACCUCAAGAAAUCUUCAAGCUCCGAGGCCUUUAUCAGCAGGGGUCUGAGUGACAGCAAGCGCUUCUCUAAAUCAAAGUCCUCGAACCCGAGUUACAAAUCCUCAUCCAAAUCUCCGAUCAGAAAGCAGCAGCAACAGGCAACCCUGCCACCACCACCGCCACCACCGCCUCCACCCCGUCCUUCACAGGUCUUUCAGUUUGACUCAGCAGUCAAGUCAUCACAUAAGUCGAAUGUAGAUGCUAAAGUUGGGGGUUAUAAGGCGUUGUCAGCAUCUUCGUCAUCAUCAACCUGCAUCGGGGUAUCAGCUACCACUGCAAACCAUGCAACGUCUUCAGACAACUCUCUGACUACCGACUCCUCUCACUGCCGUAAGUCCUCCAUGAACUUGUCUUCAUCUUCGUCAUCGUCGUCGUCGUCGUAUAAGAAUGUGCUGAGCAGUAAAUACUCUCACUCCAGCAAUUCGAAAGAUGCAAGCUCGAGACGAAAACACAAACGUCGGAAAGACAACGGCCUUCAAAAACACUCGAUAGACCAUUCACAUGUUGCAGAAAAAUCCCUGCAUCAAAAAGAUAGAUUGAAACGGAAAAAAAAAUCAUCUUCCGCUUCAUCAUCGUCGUCGUCCGCCAUUUGUGAAAUACCGUCCGCAUCUGAGCCACCGAUGCCUCUGCCAUCCAGUGGUGAGAGCUUGUUGUUCGUUCCUAACAUCGAAAAAACAUCCAUUCUACCAGGUUAUUGUAAGCUAGCAACAAAACAGUCUAAUCCUCAUUCUCCGUUUUCUAUAAUCCGGGCUGCAUCGUUUGAUUUUAAAACUAAGAAAAACCUGAAAGUACUCAGCUCGUCGUCGUCAUCGUCGUCGACUUCUUCUUCUUCUUCUUCUUCGUCUCUGACCGUCGAUCGUAGUGCAACGAAUAAUAAUGGUGAGAAGUAUUCUUCUCAGCCACCUCCAGGUAACCAGGUUGCGUCUGCCGAUAGGAACAAUGAUUGCUCUGGGGUAAAGCAAAAAUUUACAGAAAAAAGUCAUGGGAAAGAUAAAAAAGCAAUUUUGAAGAACACAAAAUCUAGCAGCAACAAAAAGAAACAGAGUGAGAGAAAUGGCUCGUCCGAGAGUAAAAGCAAAAUUGCAGCAUUUCUACCUGCCAGGCAGCUGUGGCGCUGGUCUGGAAAGAGUACAAAACGGCCUGGAAUGAAAGGCAAAGCUAAGAAAGAAUUCUACAAAGCAAUUGUACGAGAAAAGGAAACUAUUAUGGUCGGUGACUGUGCUGUGUUCUUGUCCACCGGGCGCCCCCACUUGCCAUAUGUAGGCAGCAUUGAAAGUCUUUGGGAAGGAUGGGGAGGAAAUAUGGUUGUCAAAGUGAAAUGGUUCUAUCAUCCUGAGGAAACUAAAGAUGGCAAAAAUCUUCUUAAUUUGAAGGGAGCUUUAUUUCAAUCGACCCAUGUCGAUGAGAACGACGUGCAAACCAUCUCACAUAAGUGUGAAGUGCUUUCCAUUGCUGAUUUCCGUAGCCGAAAGUUUGAGGACAAUAACAAAAUGGAUGAUUGCGAAGAUAUUUAUUUCCUGGCUGGCUCCUAUGACCCAAUGACCACACGAGUGACCUACGAGUCAGGUAUCCCAGGUAUCAUAUGA